AUGCCGGUGAAGAUCAGUGAACAUCCCGAUACCAUCGCGGGAUAUGACAUUGUCGUCGGCGUCUCAGAGGAGUCGGUGAAUGCACAGCUCCAAAAGCUGUACGAUACGCCCAUUGCCUCUGCUUCUUUGCCGCCUCCUCGACAGUUGGCCAAGUUCAAACCUCUUCCAGCGUCGGAGCAUCUGAUCAACCGUCGGCUGAGUCUUCAUAUGCUCAACGCAUUGAAGUCCUCACCAGGCAAGCCGGUGUAUCAGAAGAAGGGCAUUGAUGGUCAUAUAAAAUGCCCUAAACUACGCUUUCGGCCAAGCCUGGAAGCAAAGAUCUCCGAUGACCCGGCGGCAAUGUACAAAAAGGCGCACGUCGAAAUCACCUUCGAGCGCAAUGAAAACGCACCGGCCGGAACCGAGAAGGACAGUGUGCUUGUCUACCUGGAUAGUGAAGAGGAUCCCCCAGCGUACAAGAACAUGGUCAUCAACGGAUAUACAAUUGCGUGGACCGUCAAAAUUGCCCGCCGCGACGUCCAAGACGUGAUGAAUGAUAUUAUUCUUGCGUCCCGUUCCUCCGAAAACCCAGCUCAGGCAGCCCCUCGCGCCCAGUCGCAACUGGAGAAAUAUGUGGAUCCUCAAGUUUUCACUGUGUCUUCCAUCUUCUGUCUCUUUGAGGAGCAGACCAUGGUCGAGACCUUCCGGCUGUUGGAUGCGGAGCGGAAUGUUGUGAUGGGUGAGAGGGCGCGUGAAUUGAUGAAAGACAUCACCGCGUAUUUCCAGGAGGUUCAAGAGUCAUUGAGCAGAAAGGGUGCCCCAACUCCCGAGAAUCCUUUUAUUCUGGGUUAUUCUAUUUCCCAGAAAAUUCCAACGACGGCCGAGAAGGACUCAACAGCCACUCAAGACAAGACCCCGGUCUACUUCAAACCGAAACAGUUCAACAUGUCGGUCACCCCGGGCGAUGGCACGGCACAGCAGUUCAUUACCACCUCGGGUACCCUGAACUUUUGCAUGCUCACACAGCGACCUGGGCUCGAUGGGGACAAGAGAGUCGAAAUUGACGAAACGGACUUCAAUGCCGGAGUUAUCAAACGCAACUUCUUCGACAUCACCAAGAGUAUGGGGAAAACAACCGACACUCGAGGAUUUGUCCAGGGACAUGACGGAAUCAUGGCCUUUUCCAAGGAGUUGUUCCAUAAUAUGUGGCUGCGGGAUUUACUGGGAGACUUGAAAUUUGACCCCGCCCAGGUCUAUCGACCAGUUCUCGCCAAGGCCUCUUUCGGAGAUUCAACCCCGGAGGACAGGAUUCACAUCAGUGUCAGACCGGACUCUGAAGAAAAGCUGUCGAAUGGUUGGCGCAGUACACAAGUAUGGAAGAUGGAUGCCGUGGAUGUCAACGGCAUCGGCAUUGAUCCAUACGAUAGACGUCAAUUUGCUCUAGGUGACUGUACUAUUGAGGUGAAGUUUUCGAGUGACAAGGUUGCCACAGUUCGAGAAGGUAUUACCCAGGCUCGCCGUCUCUAUAUCGAUAUUGACAUCCAGCACACUGUCACAUAUGUGUACCAAACAAAAGGAAUAAAUAGUAUUUUGGAAAGCACCGCUGGAACUGAGAAUUGGUGGACCGACCAACGCAAGCGUGGCUACGAAGCUAGCGAGUUAUACAGUCCUGGUGCUGGGAAACUCAAUGCAUGGCUAAAUGCACGGACCGUGUCAUGCGUGAUGAAGUCGCUGAUCCGUGUCGUGGUUCACCCAGGAAGCGUCGGUCAAUUUGACGUGUCCGUGGAUGAAAACGCCAGCAAGAACCUCAUGCGUCCGGGUCAAGGGGUGAAGUGGGGCAAGUUUGAUGGAACCCAAGUAUAUGGCAACUUUUCCCAAUUUGAGACGCACCACACGUUCAAGGAUUUUGGAAAUAAGAGCUUGAACACCAGGUUCGAGCAGUCUCUCACAGGAUGGGGAGACACUACCGCCUCUACGGUGCAGGACAAGCUAAAGAGCUUGUUCAGUGGGCUGGGUACCACGAUUAUUAUGCCUGCGGGCGAUGUCUUUUCCUUCGCAGGCCUGGAGGCUGAUGAACAGGGCAGUCUAUAUGCCCAGAUCAAUUAUGCCAAUGAGGGGGAUGUCAAAGUUAAUAAGAAGUGA